CACAUCUCAAUACUACUACGCAGGCAGGCAAGUCUCAUACCUGAAGAAGACAAGCUCUCUCUCUGUCUCUCUCAAUCUACCACUGUAUAUAUAAGUGUGUAUAUAUAUAUAUAUAGCUUCAAAUCAAGAGGAGGCUUACCAGUCGGCAAAUCAUGGACCUGACGUCCUCCGUGGAUCUCGAUCUCACCAUCGGCUCCCUUCGGUUCGACGGCGAGAAGCUCUCCGUGGAAGAAAAUAAGAAGGAGGCAUUGGAGGCCGAGCUCGGCCGCGCCAACGAGGAGAACAAGAGGCUGAAGGAGAUGCUCUCGGACAUGGCGGCCAGCUACAGCACGCUUCGGAGUCACAUGACUGGGGUGGUGAUGCCCAAGACCUCGUCAUGCAAGAGGGACGAUGCGAGGAGCAGCUCAAGCGAGGAGUCGUCCAAGCGGGUUAAGGAGGAAGAGCGUAAGCCGAAGGUUUCGAAGCUGUACGUUCUCACUGAUCCAUCGGAUUCGAGCCUCGUGGUCAAAGAUGGGUAUCAAUGGCGGAAAUAUGGUCAGAAGGUAACCAGAGAUAACCCAUGCCCGAGAGCAUACUUCAGGUGCUCGUUUGCCCCAGCUUGCUCUGUCAAGAAGAAGGUCCAGAGAAGCGCGGAGGACGCGUCCAUGUUGGUUGCGACGUACGAGGGCGAGCACAGCCACGGCCAAUCCUCUCGUCCUGAAGCUCCGGACGCAUCAGGCCGCAGUGCUCCUGCACCACCGAGGCGGCCGCAGGAAGUAGAGCCGCCGAAUCCGCAGCGCAGUUUGGUGGAGCAGAUGGCUGUGUCCCUGACGAACAAUCCAGAUUUCAGAGCUGCUAUGGCUGCUGCCAUUUCCGGAAGGAUGUCUGAGACAUCUCCUCCUCCAACCAAGUAACAGCCUCAUCGUUCCAUGUGUCUUCUCCAUGAUGAUGAUGAUGAUGAUAAUGAUGAAGAGCUGGAAUGUUUCAGCAAGAGAAGAGAUUUCACUGUAAGAUCGGUUUCCUGAGGAGGCGAGAAAGGGAUGAUGAUGCUGAAAAGGAGGAGAAUCACAUCACACCAAAAGAAAUCCUCAUGGAAAUGCUGUAUUGAUGCAGCAUUUGAAGGAUCGUUUCAACUGCAACAGUAGAUAUGAGAAAACAUCAUUGAGGUCAUCUACUUGAUCUAACCCUUCAUGUGACUGUGAUCAGAGAAGGCUAUGUAUUCCUGUGCUCAAACAUUGUUGAAAGUUUCAUAUUGGAUGCUUAAUCUAAUGGUUUGGGAGUAAUGAUGAUUUCGAUCUCAA